AUGUCGCAGUCCAAGCCAGCAAUCCCGCAGAACGACAAUGUCGCCCACGCCCUCGCUGGCGCAGGCGGGGGUCUGCUCUCCAUGGCCUUGACCUACCCUCUCAUCACCCUCUCCACCCGCGCCCAGGUCGAAUCGAAGCGCGCCGACUCCGCCUUCCUCACGGCCGUCCAGAAGAUCGUCGCCAGGGAGGGCGUGUCCGGGCUCUACUCCGGCCUCGAGUCCGCGCUGUUCGGCAUCAGCGUCACCAACUUCGUCUACUACUAUUGGUACGAAUGGACCCGCGCCUUCUUCGAGAAGGCCGCCGAGAAGGCCGGCCGCGCCAACAGGAAGCUUACCACCGUCGAGUCCAUGAUCGCGGGCGCCAUCGCCGGCUCCGCGACCGUCAUCCUCACGAACCCCAUCUGGGUCGUCAACACCCGCAUGACCACCCGCAGCCAGGCCAGCGCCAAGAAGGAGGGCGACGAGGAGGCGCAGGCCGCGAAGCCCGCGAAGGCGCCCUCGACCAUCGGCACGCUGCUGGCGCUGCUGAAGAACGAAGGCCCUCAGGCCCUGUUCUCGGGUGUCAUUCCCGCGCUGGUGCUCGUCAUCAACCCCAUUCUGCAGUACACCCUGUUCGAGCAGAUGAAGAACACCGUUGAGAAGAAGAGGAGGGUCACCCCGACCAUCGCCUUCUUCCUCGGCGCCUUGGGCAAGCUGUUUGCCACGUCGGUCACCUACCCGUACAUCACGGUCAAGAGCCAGAUGCACGUCGCCGGCAACGGCGAGAAGAAGGAGGGCAUGUCCCAGGCCAUCAGCCGGGUCAUCAAGGAGGAGGGCUACGCCGGCCUCUACAAGGGUAUCGGCCCCAAGGUCACUCAGAGCGUGCUGACCGCCGCCUUCCUCUUCGCCUUCAAGGACGUCCUUUACGAGCAGACUGUCAAGCUCAGGCUGCUGUCCAAGAAGCGCGCGUAA